UUCAUAUUAUAUUCAUAAUAGUUUGUAGCAUGGAAAUAAAGUUUGGCAUCGGAACUGUAUCCGUUAGCAAUUAGCACUUAGCAUAGUCGGAGGGCUUAAGGGCAGAUAAUAAAAAAACAAACGCUUAUUUAUUAACCGUAGACGUGUUUAAAGAAAAGAAAUGUAUGUAAUGGAAGUAAAGUUGGACAGUCAGUGAGUUGGGUUUGUGUGGGAAUUGGUCAAAUGUGUGCCUGCGUGGAUAAACACACAAACGCAGGUUGCUAACGUCUGAGGUCUAAAUCAUACAAGACAACUAACUUUUAUCUUUAGCAAGAAUCUGAUCACUAGUAGUUUAGUGUUCGUCGUUCACAGGAUUACACUUCACAAUCCGCCGAGUCGCAGACAGAAAAGAAGAUGGAGGAAGACGAGCAACCCGGAACUCUUUCAGCGGAGGAUCACGCUGCCGAGGCUAUGGCGGCCGAUCUGGAUCCUUGGAUCGUAUUCGACGCCCGCAAAACUCCCCGAGCCGAGUUCCCAAGUUGGUUGGAAUCCAAUCGUCCUUCACAGGUGAGCCGCUAUGGGGACGAGAUUUCUGGGCCAGUAGGGUGGAUCGCUGUACACGGCACCGAUCACUGCCCGAGCAAUGGCGACGUCUCGGGUUUGCAGGAGAGCUGGGAAAGACUUCAAUCCAGCAGCCGAGCCAUCACUUUCCAGACCAUAAAAGAGCUCGCUCUGAAUCACAGCGUGCUCACAGGGAAAUGGCUGAUGCACCUGGACACAGGUUUCAAAGUGGACCAUGCGUGGGAGUGUGUAGCGAGAGCCAUCCUGGAUGGAAAGAUCUCAAUGGCCAAAGUGAGUCCGCGCGUGCCUAACUCGGACAGCCGGCACGUCAUUUGCGUCUACAAUGACAACUUCACCGACGAGGAGCAAGUGAUGCAGCUGGACGCGGCUAUCAGGGCGACGGGCAUCAAGUGUCCUCUGUCUUACAAGCCGGACGUCUACACGUACCUGGGGAUUUACAGGAAUAACAGGUGGAAGCUGUGUCCAACAAUUUACGAGAGCAAGUUCGAUCUGGAGUGCGUACCUCGUCGCUCACACAUCGUCAGCAAAGUCACCAACUUAGAGGUUACAUAAGGGGAAGAUUAAAACUCCGGCAUGGAGAACUUGCCUGAUUAUACCGGAGACAACAUUUUGUCGCUUGUACGUUUGUUGUGUCAACCUGUUAAUCAGUUCCUUCACCAAAAAUAUUUCCUCAUUGACAUUUAACUUUCUUAACCAUUUUUUUUAACACCUUUGUUUAAAGUCAGUACUCAAGAUAUUGUAACUUCAUCAUCAUAUCUGCUAUGCCAAGAUGCCAAUUACACCUUUAAUCGUUUGUGUUGAAUCAUUAAAGAACACAGAGAUAUCACA